UCCAAAUCCAAUGAUCGAAAUCCAAAUUCAUUUUUCAUCUCCGAUUCUCUCUCCCGUUCAUUCAUUCUUCUACAUUAUUCUCUCCAUUUCAAAACCUCAUCGAUCAAUGAGACGAAACGACUACAACAACAAUGAGAGAAAUCCUCCACAUUCAAGGCGGACAAUGCGGGAACCAGAUCGGUUCCAAGUUUUGGGAGGUAACCUGCGAUGAACACGGCGUUGAUUCAACAGGAAAGUAUGCAGGAUCCUCCGAUGUACAAUUGGAAAGGAUCAAUGUCUAUUUUAAUGAGGCUUCAGCUGGCCGCUACGUUCCUCGAGCGGUGCUUAUGGAUCUCGAGCCUGGCACUAUGGAUAGUAUUAGGUCGGGACCGUACGGACAGGUUUUUCGUCCAGAUAACUUUGUAUUUGGACAGUCCGGCGCUGGAAAUAAUUGGGCGAAAGGUCAUUAUACUGAAGGAGCUGAAUUAAUUGAUUCUGUUCUUGACGUUGUUCGGAAGGAAGCAGAGAAUUGCGAUGCUAUGCAAGGUUUCCAAGUUUGUCACUCACUUGGAGGAGGGACUGGAUCUGGAAUGGGAACACUAUUGAUAUCAAAGAUAAGGGAGGAAUAUCCAGAUAGAAUGAUGCUCACCUUCUCCGUUUUCCCUUCACCAAAGGUCUCCGAUACUGUGGUUGAACCCUAUAACGCAACUCUUUCAGUCCACCAGCUGGUAGAGAACGCAGACGAAUGCAUGGUCCUCGACAACGAAGCUCUCUACGACAUCUGCUUACGCACAUUGAAGCUCAGCAAUCCCACAUUUGGAGAUCUGAACCAUCUCAUCUCCGGCACCAUGAGCGGUGUAACAUGCUGCUUGAGAUUCCCCGGUCAGCUGAAUUCCGACUUAAGGAAGCUAGCAGUGAAUCUAAUUCCAUUCCCAAGACUUCAUUUCUUCAUGGUUGGAUUCGCUCCACUAACCUCCCGUAGUUCUCAACAAUACGUGUCCCUAUCGGUACCAGAGCUGACUCAACAGAUGUGGGACGGGAAGAACAUGAUGUGUGCUGCGAAUCCUCGUCACGGACGAUACCUAACAGCUUCAGCUAUGUUCAGGGGAAAGAUGAGCACGAAGGAGGUUGACGAACAGAUGAUUAAUGUACAGAGCAAGAACUCUUCAUACUUUGUGGAAUGGAUUCCUAACAACGUGAAGUCGAGUGUCUGCGAUAUCCCUCCGACUGGAAUGAAAAUGGCGUCGACGUUUAUUGGGAAUUCGACUUCGAUUCAAGAGAUGUUUAGGAGGGUGAGCGAACAGUUUACGGCUAUGUUUAGGCGUAAGGCUUUCUUGCAUUGGUAUACUGGAGAAGGAAUGGAUGAAAUGGAGUUUACUGAGGCGGAGAGUAAUAUGAAUGAUUUGGUGGCGGAGUAUCAGCAAUAUCAGGAUGCUACGGCAGAGGUGGAAGGAGAGUUUGAAGAAGAGGGUGAAGAGAACUAACUAACUCAGAUUUCUACGGCUACUUUUUUUUCUUAAUUGUUGUUUUUUAAUUAUUUUAUUUACUUAUAUAGGAAAAAAAAUGGAAAAAGGAAAUUUGCAGAAAAUUUGAUAUAUUAGUAUAGGUAUAUAUCAAUAUAUAUAACUAAAAGUGUGAAUUCCUAAUUUCUCAUCAUUCUUUUUUUUUUUUAUUUCAGUUAUGGUUUCGAACCAUAUAUUUUC